AUAGUUUUUAAAAGGAAGUCAUUAUUACUUAAAGGCUGAGCAAAAUCAAAUCUACUAUCUACUUUCCCAAAAUCUACAGUUGCUGCCUACAUUUGAAGUCUUCUCUGCAACAAUGUAUGAGCAGCAACAGUUGUUUGAUUUGCAAGACAACAACAAUGGCACAUUUGGGAAUGUGGGAGCAGAUCCAAGUUGUUGGCUUUCGAAUGAAAAUCCACGUGGAGCCUCCACUGCAACUGCAAAUGCAAAUGUUGAUCCCUUGCUCUUCAAUGACCUUGUCCAGAUUGUCCCUCUUGUGCAAUCCCUCAUUGAUCGGAAGGCGAAAACUUCAUUCAAUAGAAGAGGAUCGAUGACCUACACCAAAAUGCCUUCAAGAGAGUCACUUUACAAGAAGAGUUCUGAAGCAAAAGGAAGAAAUACAAGCCAAUCAACUGCAACAAAGAAGCAUAGGGACCAAAAUAAGAAUGUCGGCAAUAACCAAGAUGGAUGUGCUGAGAACUUUUCGAUGUCUUCUUCAAGAUCAUCACUAACAGAAAAGGAUAGAGAAGAAUUGAUAUCUUUGAGGGUGCAAGUGGAAGAUCUUCAAAAGAAAUUAUUGGAGAAAGAUGAACUGUUGAAAGAAGUAGAUAUCUUGAAGAAUGAAAUAACAGCUGCUUAUGCUGAACUUGACGGACUGAAAAAAGGUAUUUCAGAGAAGGACUUUUCACUGAAGUCGACUCAAGUACAACUGUCUGAUGCACAGGUUAAGUUAGCUGACAAGAAAGCAGCUAUAGAGAGGCUAGAAUGGGAAGCAAUGACUUCCAGCAACAAAGUGGAGAGACUCCAAGAAGAUGUAGACAGGGUGCAGGAAGAAAUUUCAUCAUUCAUGCAGUUUGUGCGAGCAUUGACGGAGAAUGAUUCCAGGGGAUCGGCUGAAGAAUAUGAUGUUAUCCCUUAUUUAUGGGAUCAAAGCGUUGAAAUUGAUAACUUGAAUGGAGCGGAAAUGCAGAAACUGGAGGAGGCAAGAGAAGCUUAUAUUGCAGCAGUUGUUGCUGCUAAAGAGAAUCAAGAUGAAGCAUACCUUUCUGCAGCUGCCACAGCAAGAUCAUACCUGCAAUCACUUGUUCUGACAACAUAAAUGUAGAUUCUAGCUAGGAGACUGACUACUAUAUAGCUCGUACUACUUUAAAAUAGGCGUUGUUUAAAUGAUUUAUCAGGGAGUGACGUUCAGUUUGUUGUACAACAAAAGUAUCCCUUACAAUUAGUUAUGGUUUGAACUUUUUUUUUUUCUUUUUUUACAGUUGGGACAAACUGUUGUUUUGGGAGGAUUCACCUUGAGUUGAUUCAGAUAGAAUUUAAGCGGAGAAAUAUGAUCAGUGAAAA